AUGUCAGGAACCGCCCCCUCCAGGGCCACCGGUCCCUUGGAACCUCACCCAAGUGAGACAACAUCACUGCUCAGGAAGCCUCCAUCAAUCCAGUCUUCCAGCACCCAAGUUGAGGAAUCUGAGGCCUUCAUCCUACCAGAGUAUAGGCUAUGGCUAUCCGAGCUCUGGCUUCUCAGCAAAAUCGCCAUACCCGUCAUAUUCGCCUAUACGCUCCAAAACUCCCUCCAGACCGGUUCUAUCCUUAUAGUCGGCCGUCUAAGUCCGGAAGCUCUAGCCACGGUCGCCUUCUCGUACAUGUUCGCCAUGUCCACGGCUUGGUUGAUCGCUCUGGGCGGCUCAACUGCUCUGGACACUCUAGCAUCGAGUAGCUAUACAGCUUCAUCCAACAAGCAUGACCUUGGCAUCCUCCUGCAGCGCGGCCUAGCGGUCUUGACCGCAUUGUAUGCCAUCGUGGCUUUGAUAUGGACCUUUUCGGAGCCUUUGUUCCGACUGCUUGGCCAGGAAGAGUACAUUUGCGUAGAGAGCGCCAUGUUUCUUCGACGCCUCAUACCUGGCGGUUUGGGCUACAUCUGGUUCGAGUGCAUGAAGAAGUUCUUGCAGGCUCAAGAAGUCUACCGCCCAGGAACUUACGUCCUCCUCAUCACUUCCCCUCUCAACGCCUUGCUUAACUACUUCUUCAUCCACAAACUCGGUCUCGGUCUGCACGGCGCUCCUCUCGCCACUGGUAUCUCGUACUGGUGCUCCUUCUUCCUCCUCGUCGCGUACGCCACCUUCGUCCGCGGCCACGAAUGCUGGGGCGGCCUCGCCCCUCGCCGAGCCCUCUCAAACAUCGGCCCCUUCAUCCGCCUCGCUCUGCUGGGCAUCAUUCACGUAGGCACCGAGUGGUGGGCCUUUGAGAUCGUGGCUUUGGCUGCCGGCCAGCUGGGCACCAUCGCCCUAGCCGCGCAGUCCGUGAUUAUGACAGCUGAUCAAAUCAUCAACACGAUUCCGUUCGGCUUGGGCGUGGCCGCUAGCUCGAGAGUUGGCAACCUGUUGGGGGCGCGCAAGGUGAAGGAGGCAAGCAGGGCGUCGCAUUGUGCCGUGGUGCUCAGCAUAGUUGCUGGAGCGCUGAUACUGGCGGUCUUGAUGAGUGUCAAGGAUGUGUUUGGACGCCUGUUUAAUGAUGAUGAAAGGGUGAUCAGGCUAGUGGCGGAUGUGAUGCCAUUUGUGGCGCUGUUCCAGAUCGCUGAUGGCUUGAAUGGAUCCUGCGGAGGCGUGCUGAGGGGAACGGGGAGGCAGUGGGUGGGCGCGGCGGUGAAUCUGGUCAGUUACUAUGGCGGUGCGCUUCCGAUGGGCAUCUAUCUUGCUUUCCACGUUUGGGGCCUCCAAGGGCUGUGGAUUGGGCAAUGUGUUGCCUUGUAUCUGGUGGGUGUGCUCGAGUGGGCGAUUGUGGGCAUGAGCAAUUGGGAAGAUGAAGUCAAGAGAGCACUGUCUCGGCUGGAUGAUGGAGGGUUUGGGGAAAGUGGUGCCCAUGCGUAUGCUUAUGGAGCUAUCGGGGAGGGCCAGGUCGACGAUGCAGUGGGGGUGGGACAUGGAGGAAGAAGCGAACCGGUGUAA